AUGAUGCCCAGCACAGCUCACGUCUUGACUUUGGUCCUCGGCGCAGUUGGCUUCUUGCCCGCAGGCGCACAAGCAUGGGGUGCUUUUGGCCAUGAGACAGUCGCAUACGUCGCGACCAACUUUGUGUCGGCCUCGACCAAGACGUACUUUCAAUCGCUCCUGGGCGAUACAUCUGCGGACUACCUCGCGACGGUCUCCACCUGGGCCGACUCUUAUCGGACCACGACGGCUGGCAAGUUCUCCGCGCCGUUCCACUACAUCGAUGCGCAGGACAACCCGCCCAGCUCUUGCGGCGUGGACUAUGACCGGGACUGCGGAAGUGGAGGGUGUGUAGUCAGUGCAAUCAACAACUACACUUCUAUCUUGCUUGACACAAGUGCGAGCAAGGCCAAUAGACAGGUUGCAGCCAAGAUGAUCAUCCAUUUUCUUGGUGACAUUGGCCAGCCGCUACACUGUGAGAAUCUCGAUGUUGGCGGCAAUGACAUUGAUGUUACCUAUGAUGGAGACAGCACAAACCUGCACGCUAUCUGGGACACUCAGAUCCCAGAGUCCAUCGCUGGCAGCUCGUCUCUGAGCGGGGCCAAGACCUGGGCCAGCACACUCACAACAGGCAAGUUACCGAUCAACCAGUUGAUACUCGCAGCCAGCUGGGUGAGCGGUCUGAACAUUAAUGACGCGGUUACCAGCUCCUUGAAGUGGGCAACUGAGAGCAAUGCUGCAGUAUGUAGCACAGUUUUGGCCAAAGGAAUCUCAUACGUCGAGAGCAAUGACCUAAGUGGCUCUUACACGACCACCGCGAGCCCUGUGGUGAAGUUGCAGAUCGCGAAGCAGGGUUACAGACUGGCGAAAUGGCUGGAUGCGAUUGUGGCGGCUGUCUGA